CUCUUUAUUUUACUUUUCUUCAAAGGGUACAACUACUUACACCCAACCAGAAGUCAUGUCUAUGAGGGACCCUAAUGGAUCAGUUUCAGAUACCAGGAUGGCUGGUCAGACCAAGAAACCUCAAGAAAUGAAGUCCCCUCAGCCCCCUGUUUGUAUCAUAGAAAAUAUUGAUGGACAGCUCAGACCAUGUGAAAGUGGUCUGAAGAUUCUAGAGUCAAUUGAGUUGCCACUAGUUGUGGUUGCAGUUUUUGGAAUGUAUCGCACUGGAAAAUCAUAUUUGAUGAACAGACUCUGCAAUAAAAAACAAGGGUUUUCGUUAGGGUUUACGAUCCGACCCCACACAAAAGGAAUAUGGAUGUGGGGUCUUCCUCAUCCCAGAAAUCCUGAAUAUUGUCUACUUCUCCUUGAUACAGAGGGAAUGGGAGAUACUGAGAAGGGAGAUGAAACCUCUGAUAAGUGGCUCUUUGCGUUGUCCCUUCUCAUGAGCAGCUUGUUCAUAUACAACAGCAUGAAGAAGAUCGAUCGUCAUGCGCUGUUUGAUCUACACAUUGUGACAAAACUGAAAAACUUCAUUAAAAUAAAGACACAAACAAACGACAGUAAGGAAGAAGAUGAAUUAUGGAAAACUUGUCUUCCAUUUGUGUGGGUCAUUAGAGAUUUUUGCUUGGAGAUGGAAAUUGAUGGGAAGGAAGUAACAGCUGAUGAGUAUUUGGAAACCUGCUUACUUCCAAAUCAAGAAAAAAACAAGGAGUACAAUGAAUGUCGAAAAUGUAUCACAGAGCUUUUCCCCGACAGGAAGUGUUUUAUUUUCCCUCAGCCUACUACAAAGGUGAAACAUCUCAGGAACCUUGAAAACAUUGCAGAUAGUGAACUGGAUGAAGACUUUGUGGUUGAGAUCACAAAACUCCGCGAUUAUGUAUACAGUCGUGCUGAACCCAGAAUUGUUCAAGGUGUUCCUCUGAACGGCAGAAUGCUCAGUACUUUGUUGCAAACCUUCACAGAAUGUAUAAGCAGGGGAGAUGCACCUUCCCUACAAACUGUUGUGCAGUCCAUGGCAGACAGGGAGAACUCCAAGAUUGUUGCUGCAGCUGAGACAUGUUACAGAGAAUCUAUGGAUAAAUUAGUACUUCCAGUAAAAGAUGCUUUUAAACUUCAACAGCAUCAUAUUGAAAGUGAGAGAAAAGCAUUCAAUGUUUUCAAACAGCUUUACUUUCCAGAUAAAGAUUACAAAUUUCAAAACGAGCUGAAGGUAAAGUUACAGACUCUUCUUCAGCAGUACUGUAAAAGAAAUAAGAAAGAGUCUAAAAAUAAAUGCCAAACCAUAUUGACUCAAGCAUUUGAAAAAGUGGAAGAGAAAUAUAAGAAAGGAGAAUAUGCAAAACCAGGAGGGUAUCGGAAAUACAUUGCUGACUGGAAUCUUGCAGAGGAAGAAUACCUCUCUGCAAAAGGAAAAGGUCCCAAGGGAGAAAAAGUUUUACUGGAAUUCAAGAAAAAUAAGGCUGGUGAAGCAAACCGUUUGGCAAUGAAUGAAUGUCUUUAUUGGCAAACAAAAGAAUUAGAAGCUGAAAAACAAAAGGUUACUAUCGCUGAAAUGGAGGAAAAGUUGUCACAUGAGGAAAUGGCAUCCCUUCAGAAACAGAAGGAAAUGGAAGAAGCUCAUGAAAUGCAAAUAACUAAGCUCUCACGAACCUUUAAAGCAGAUAAACAAAAAAUUAAAGAGCAAAUUGAGGCUCUUGUGCAAAGUGAAUUAGAGAAACAGAAACAUUAGUGAAUCUGAAAUAGAAGCAGUUCCCAGAUUUUCACUAAGUUGUAUAAUUUAAUAAAAAUUAAUGAUAAAAAUAUAA